AUGGUAUUAUGGCGAUCCCCCAGCGAUCGCCCCGAUUUAGGUGGACUCGAGGAUGACAGGUGUCCCGUGGAAGAUCUCCCUAACGCUGAAUUUGUGGUACCUGGGGUAUAUCCCAACGUCUGCCUUGGAAUGACGAUUCGGAAUCUAGCCGUUAAUUCCGUGAUUCAUUCGGUGGUGGUGAAUGAGUUGAAAGGAAGUGGCGGAACUACGGCGUUUGACUCCGUCUCGAAAACAAUCAAUGAGUAUACAGAGGAAGGCGGACAACGUGAUCUCACACUUGGAGGAUCAAGUGUUUCCUCACAUACGUUCAGUAUUCUGAAGAACAUGGUCAAGACAUGGAUCACUUCUGGCGUUGGGUUAGCUCGAGCACCUCUAACAUGUACGACGCCAGCAUCCACCGGUUUGUUCAUGCCCUCAUGCGCAAAAACGUUUCUUCAACUCCUUGCCGAGCUCAAACGCUUAGGAUCUCAAGUCAUUUACGGGGACUUGAGCAGGAUAUUACUUGCUACUACGUCCAAACCGCCAGGCACUGCUCAUACUUACGCGAUCUACAUCAACCUCACACGAAUUAUUCCAACAUGUAUAUCUACGCACAGAGCGAUUCUAUGA